UAUGAGUUAGUCGGAGUACAUUGUGAAUUGUGCAGAAUUCAAAAUACAUUAUGUCGCGCAUAAUGAUAAUAUUAUUUAUUGGAUUGACGGUAUUUGUUGCAGACGUGAUGCUAGUAGUUUGUUCUGGCCAACAUGAGGAAUGGCGAUGUGGACGGAGUUGUGAUACAACUUGUGACAACUUAUAUGAACCUUGCUCAAAUCCCCCUAAAUGUGGUUGUUACUGUAGAAAUGGAUAUGUGCGAGAAGAGAAUUAUUGGGAUCGAUGUAUCGAGAUAGAAGAAUGUUAGUAAGGAGCAAGUCCAGUGGAUAAAUAAAUUACGUAACUUUAAUAUUGCUUGUUUACUUUUAUUUUUGUUCACGUCCAAUUUUUUUAUCAAUUCUUUUAUCUAGCAUUAUAUACCCAAUACGCUGUAAAUUGAAUAUAAAAACCUAUACUUGGUAAAAUGUAUAAUUAAUUUUACGA